UCAAAUUUUCACCGAUUGCUGAUGACGUGCUGACGAACACAUUCGUGCGACUCACAACGCGAGGAUGUUCCAACAGCACGUCGCGCGCGUUUAUUAUCCGUGACACACGGUGUUUCGCGACCUUGAUAAUAAUAGUGACUGAGAAACAAGCCGUUUUUCGCGGAGCUCGACGAAUUUUUCCUUUUCGACUCGUUAAGAAAACAUGCCGCCGCAAACGGACCCAGCCCCGAAGCUCGAGACACCGUCGAGCGGAGUCAAUGCCGUUCUAUUGGGUCCACCUGGUAGCGGCAAAGGCACUCAGGCGGUGUUAUUCAAAGAGAGGUACUGCGUAUGUCAUUUAUCUACAGGUGAUAUGCUAAGAGCUGAAGUCGAUUCCGGUUCUACUCUGGGAAUUCAAUUCAAAAAGAUAAUGGACGAAGGUAAAUUGGUCAGUGAUGAUUUGGUAGUUAACAUGAUUGAGAACAAUUUAAACAAACCUGAAUGCAAGCGUGGCUUUUUACUGGAUGGAUUCCCAAGAAGUGUACCUCAAGCAGAAAAACUCGAUGAAAUGCUCAAGAAGAGGAAAACAAAGCUUGAUGCUGUGAUUGAGUUUGGAAUCGAUGACAAAUUAUUGAUCAGUAGAAUUACAGGUAGAUUAAUACAUCCAGCUAGUGGUAGAUCUUACCAUGAGACACUUGCUCCUCCUAAAGUCUCUAUGAAAGAUGAUAUCACUGGGGAACCUUUAAUUAAGAGAUCUGAUGACAAUGAGGAGGCUCUGAAAAAACGAUUAGCGACAUAUCACACACAAACUUUACCACUCGUCGACUAUUACGCUCUACAAGGAAUUCAUUAUUACAUUAAUGCUGCCCAAUCUGCCGAAAGAGUCUUCAAAGAUAUCGACCAAAUCUUUCUGAGAUCCACUAAAAAGAAGGGAUUCUUCAGUAGAUUUUUUUAAAACAUCGCCAAUAGAAAUAGAAAUCUCUAAAACAUUCUUUUAUUCUUUCUUUUUAUAGCAAUUUAUUUUUAGAAUCUUUUUCUUCUUUAAAAGAAGUUACAGAAAUAAUCGUAAAUGUAUUAAGACAAGAUAGUAAUGCUGCAAAAAUAACAAUUUAGGUGUAUUUAAUGCUUGUUUUAACUAAGAGUAAUUUCGAAAUCUUAGUAAUAUAGUUGCAUUUAGAAGAAUUACUGUAAACGGUAUAUUUUGUAGCAAUAUCAAAAAAGGCAUGCAAUGGUAUUUGAUAAAACAUCAUAAUUUUUUAGAGAGAUGAGAAAUUAUGAUUUGCAAAUAGAAUGCACACAAUUUAUCAAUGCUCUAAAAAUGGGUGUAACAUAUAUAUGUAAAAUGCGAAUCAUAUAACUUUAAUAGAGAAAAAGAUAUAUUUGUAUAUAGCUGCUAAAAGAAAUUUUGCAUUGUUACUGCACUUUUUGUGCAAUGUUUAUACAUUGUACUUAAAGCACAUUUAUUAAGAAAAAUUUUUUUAUCUAUUUUGAUUUAUUUUUAAUUUUUUCUAUAGCGAACAUUUAUCAUUAUAAAACAUGCGAAAUAUUAAGAACAUGCGAAGAAUUAAGUAUAGAGAGCGUUCACACCAAUCAUAUACGCACAUUUUUUGAAUUCUACAACUAUAUCGUUUUUAAAAAAAAAGACUAAAUGUGAC